CCGGUCCGUAGAGCCGGGCGGCGAGGCCUGGCGCUGGAAUGCGAGUGGCUGCGGGCUCCCGGCGGCAGCGGCUCCUGUGAGUAGCGGCUACUGCAGCGCGGGCGGGCGGGUGAGGUCAGCGGACGCCGUCGGCGGCUGGCCGUCUCGGCCGCGGGAUGAGGAAGCGGACCGAGCCCGUCGCCUUGGAGCAUGAGCGCUGCGCCGCUUCGGGCUCGUCCUCCUCCGGCUCGGCUGCCGAGGCGCUGGACGCCGACUGCCGCCUGAAGCAGAACCUGCGCCUGGCGGGCAAGGGGCCGGCAGAGCCGCGCUGCGCCGCGGACGCGGGCAUGAAGCGGGCACUGGGCAGGCGAAAGGGCCUGUGGUUCCGACUGAGGAAGAUACUUCUCUGUGUUUUGGGGUUGUAUGUUGCCAUUCCAUUUCUCAUCAAACUAUGUCCUGGGAUACAGGCCAAACUGAUUUUCUUGAAUUUUGUGAGGGUUCCCUAUUUCAUUGACUUGAAAAAACCGCAGGAUCAAGGUUUGAAUCACACGUGUAAUUACUACCUCCAGCCAGAGGAAGACGUGACCAUUGGAGUCUGGCACACUGUCCCCGCUGUCUGGUGGAAGGAUGCCCAAGGAAAGGACCAGAUGUGGUACGAGGACGCCUUGGCUUCCAGCUGCCCUAUCAUCCUGUACCUGCAUGGGAAUGCAGGCACAAGAGGAGGUGACCACCGGGUGGAACUUUACAAGGUGCUGAGUUCCCUUGGUUACCACGUGGUCACCUUUGACUACAGAGGUUGGGGUGACUCAGUAGGAACGCCAUCAGAGCGAGGCAUGACGUAUGACGCACUUCAUGUUUUUGACUGGAUCAAAGCAAGAAGUGGAGACAACCCUGUGUAUAUUUGGGGUCAUUCCCUAGGCACUGGAGUGGCAACAAAUCUGGUGCGGCGCCUUUGUGAGCGAGAGACACCUCCAGAUGCCCUUAUAUUGGAAUCUCCAUUCACUAAUAUACGUGAAGAAGCUAAGAGCCAUCCAUUCUCAGUGAUAUAUCGCUAUUUUCCUGGGUUUGACUGGUUCUUCCUCGACCCCAUUACAAGCAGUGGAAUUAAAUUUGCAAAUGAUGAAAAUGUGAAGCACAUCUCCUGCUCGCUGCUCAUCCUGCAUGCUGAGGACGACCCGGUCGUGCCCUUCCAGCUUGGCCGAAAGCUCUACAACAUUGCUGCUCCAUCCCGAAGCUUCCGAGACUUCAAAGUUCAGUUUAUCCCCUUUCACUCAGACCUCGGCUACAGGCACAAGUAUAUCUACAAGAGCCCUGAACUUCCACGGAUACUGCGGGAAUUCCUGGGGAAGUCAGAACCUGGGCGCCAGCACUGAGUCUUGCUGCCUGAAGGAGCAUGAAGACCUCUGCCCUCCUCCCCUUUGCUCCGGCCAGCCUGGCACCCUGGGGCCCAGGGCUGCCAGUGUUUUCAGUGCCCCCGGAGAGAGGACUUGGAUGCCAGCUGGGGCAGGCGGAGGAGGCCCGGCAGACCUGGGGCACCUGCCUUGGGUGGCUGGGAGCUUGGAUCUCUGUGGAAAACACAGGUUGCAGGCAUGGGAUCCCCUCUCCCCUUUGUUGCCACUCAACCCGAGCUCUUGUUGGGAAGACAGUGACAGAGCAGGCCAGCUGGUGGCUGGCCGAUCCCACGCUUGCUGAGCUGGGCAUGGGGAGCCCGGGGCAGGAGGCGUGGGGUCUCGGGACCACACUGAGCUUUCCAGCACCACCGGUGAGACUGUGGCCAUAUCGGUUCUUCUGUCCCUUCCCGGCACACGCAGAAUGGACUGUAAUGGUUCCGUCAGCCCUUUGCACCCGGAGCACCCUGCUUGCCUACCUUGGCAGUCCCUGCCUCCCCGAGCGGGCCCCCACUGCUCACAGCGGGGGAGGUGCCCGUGACCUGCACUUCCUCCACUUUCUGCCCACCUGUCUGCCUAACCUGGCCUUAGACUGAGCAUUUAUUUAAGAAUAAAUUCGUGGUGGUGGUCUAUCUGCUAUGUUCUCAGUGACACCUCCAGCUGCCCCCAGGCCAUGCUCAGAGCCCAGCCUAUGGGAGGAGGGGCAGCUCUCUAAGGAGGGAUCCUGGGCCUUCCUUUCCUCCUCCUUUCCAGAUGUGGAGGCCCGUGCAAGGAGGGGCGUCAUCCCAGGAGAAGGUGUGUUCAAGGGGGGGGACCACUUCUCCAGAUGGGACAGAGGGCAUAUUCCUAAAAUACAGGCCCCCUUCAACCUCACGCUGUAGCAAGCUUGCUGGAUGCUGGUAUUGGUCGGCAGGCUCUGGGGUUUCACCCAUAGACCCCAAGUGAGCCCCUGGCAUGAGUUCAUGGAAGGACAUAGGGCACUGGAGUGUGGGGUCUCUAGUUCUAGCCCAUGAGCACCACCUCGUUCACUCACUGGGUGGGGGCGGGGGGCUCUUGUGUUUUUCAGCUUUUUGUCAAAUCAGUCUCCCCUGCACUACUUCUACCCCCCCUCACCUUCCCUACCCUUCUGCUGCCCCCACUUGGCACCCUCUAAAGAUCCUGCUUCUCAUCGGCCCCAGUGCUGGUGAAGGGUCAGAUUCUUGGAUCCCAGCUAAGUAACCCAAGAGUGAGAAGGUGCAUGGUUUAAUAAAGGGGGUUUCAAGCUGCCCCCCCAGAGGACUGUCUGCCCCCGGCGGCGCAGGUACAGAGGCGUGACGCACAACAGAGGAUGCAAACCCACCCGGGACCCACUUCUCUCCUGAUGGCUGGACUUCUCCCAAGUCCUAAGGCUCAGGGACUUUCCUGUCGUGGCAGCUCAGAAAUUCCCUGGGGUGUACAGAGGGCUUCAUUCACCGGCCUGCCUGUUCUUCAAGGUCUGUGGUCUCUCGUAGCAGCUGUGGGCAGGCUAGGGGGUCCAGAUGCCAAAGCAGGGGACACCUCCUCAUUUCUGAGGCAUCUUCAACCUGCCUACAGUGAUUCUCACAUCAGGGAAACCAUGCCUUUCUUAAAUGGGUUGAAACGUGAACCGACUCUCCUGAGGUCAGUUUGUCAUCUUGUUUCAAUGUUGUGUGAGCUGCCGCAGGUCCUUAUUGGGGGGUGAGAUAGGAUAGGAAGUAAAAUACAGGCUGUUGGUAUUUUGAUUGAUAGGUGUCUGAUAAGCAGACUGAAGCAGACUGAAGAGGAGAAGGCACUGAAGGGGCUGGUGAGCUGCUGGGCCAUCGGGUUGGCUAAUCAGGUCCAGAUGCCCCCACCUGCUGGCUUCUUAGAUUAUUAACUAGCUUAAACUGUGGGCUAGGACAGACCUCUGCUGAUUACAAAACCAGUCCUUGGAGGGGGGGAACAGAUCGAGACAUGCACUGCUAUAAAUUCUGCAGUUACUAUGUGUUUCCUGGAAGCACGGGUGUCCUGGGAGCUGCUCAGCGCCCUCCCCCCCACCCCCGGCCCCCACCGAAGACCAGCAGGGCCCACGGUGCUCCGGUGUCCUGCAGUUCUCAACUUUUCGGGUAACAGCCCCAAGUUCAUGUCCCUCCUGGCUUUCGAUUCAGCCUGUAGCGACACAAUUUAGGGGGCGAUGCUCUGGUCCCCAGGGCAUUCCAUGCCCAAGGGCCAGGACUGGCUGGUGUAGGACAGGUGCAAUUUGCACCAACAAUGCUGACACCCAGAUGACAGUGUAUACAACAACAGAUGUGAUGAUUCUUUUACGAGCUAGUGGUUCAAGCACACAUACGC